GACGUCAUAAGACUGCACCGCUCCUGCGUCUGCGAUUCUGCUGAAGAAAGGCCAGUGUCCAAACACAAAGAAAAACUCCUGGUGAAGCAUGUGACUCACUAUUAUAAAGAUGGCGUUUAUUAAAGAGGAGAGUGAAGACCUGAGGAUUGAAGAAACAUUCAGUGUCAAACAUGAAGAAACUGUGGAACAAACAAAGAUGGCGUUGGUCAAAGAGGAGAGUGAAAACGUGAAGAUUGAAGAAACAUUCAGUGUCAAACAUGAAGAUACUGAGACCCAAACAAAGAUGGCGUUGAUUAAAGAGGAGAGUGAAAACGUUAAGAUUGAAGAAACAUUCAGUGUCAAACAUGAAGAUACUGAGACCCAAACAAAGAUGGCGUUGAUUAAAGAGGAGAGUGAAAACGUUAAGAUUGAAGAAACAUUCAGUGUCAAACAUGAAGAUACUGAGACCCAAACAAAGAUGGCGUUGAUUAAAGAGGAGAGUGAAAACGUUAAGAUUGAAGAAACAUUCUGUGUCAAACAUGAAGAAACUGAGGAACAAAGAAAGAUGGCGUUUAUUAAAGAGGAGAGUGAAGACCUGAAGAUUGAAGAAACAUUCAGUGUCAAACAUGAAGAUAUUGAGACACAAACAGACCCGAUGGAUCUGAAAGAAGAGAGUCAAGAACUUAAUGAAGUGGAAGAGAAAUGUCAUGAAACAAAAAAUAAAAAUCUCCAGAUAAAAGUGCACACUGGAGAGAAGCCUUUGACCUGCAAACAGUGUGGAAAGACUUUCAAGCGAAAAGACAACCUUAAAAUCCACUUAAAAAUCCAUACUGGAGAGAAGCCGUUCACCUGCAAAAAGUGUGGGAAGAGUUUCUUACUUAAAGGAAAUCUUAAGACUCACAUGAUAGUUCACACUAGAGAGAAGCCAUUCACAUGCUCUCAGUGUGGAAGGAGUUUUACACAGAAAAAAUCCCUUACAGUCCACAUGCGAAUUCACACUAGAGAGAAGCCUUUUACCUGCAAACAGUGUGGGAAGAGUUUCUCACUAAAAGGAAAUCUUAAAACUCACAUGCGAAUUCACACAGGAGAGAAGCCAUUCACAUGCUCUCAGUGUGAAAAUAGUUUUAAGCAUAAAAGAGAACUUAAUGCCCACAUGAGAAAUCACUCUGGGAAGAAGCCAUACACUUGCAAACAGUGUGGGAAGAUUUUUUCACUAAAAGGAACUCUUAAAAUACAUAAGCGAAUUCACACUGGAGAGAAGCCAUUCAUAUGCUCUCAGUGUGGACAGAGUUUUAAACAGAAAAGAGAACUUAAUGCCCACAUGAAAGUACACACUGGAGAGAAGCCUUACACCUGCAAACUGUGUGGGAAGAGCUUCACACUAAAAGAAAGGUUUAAGACUCAUAUGACGAUUCACACUGGAGAGAAGCCGUUUGUUUGUGAUCAGUGUGGAAAGAGUUUCAGACGUAGAGCACACCUUAAUCACCACAUGAAGAUUCACUCAGGAGAGACGUGUUUUAUAUGUCAUCAGUGCGAAAGGAGUUUCUCAGACAGGAAUCACCUUGAGAAUCAUGUAAAAAUUCACAUCGGGGAGAAACCUUACAUGUGUCAUCAAUGUGGAAAGAGUUUAACAAACAAAGCAAACCUCGAGGAUCACAUGAGAGUUCACACUGGAGAAAAGCCUUUCACCUGUCCUCAGUGUGGAAAGAGUUUUACGAUUAAAGGAGACCUUAAUAUACACAUGAGAGUUCACAUUGGAGAGAAGCCGUACAAGUGUUUUCAGUGUGAGAAGAGUUUCACAGACAGGAAUCAGCUUAAGGAUCAUAUAAAAAUACAUAUCGGAGAGAAGACUUUCAUGUGCAAUGAGUGUGGAAAGAGUUUCACAUACAGAGCACACCUUGAGUAUCACAUGAGAAUUCACACUGGAGAAAAGCCUUUCACCUGUCCUCAGUGUGGAAGGAGCUUCACGGUGAAAGGAAACCUUAAGCUGCACAUGAGAGUUCACACUGGAGAGAAGCCGUACAAGUGUCUUCGGUGUGAGAAGAGUUUCACAAUUAAAGGAAACCUUAAUAUUCACAUGAGAGUCCACACUGGAGAGAAGCCGUACAAGUGUCGUCAGUGUGACAUGAGUUUCCCGUAUCACAUAAGCCUGAAACAGCAUUUACAAACUCAUUGUGGAAAGAAAAUGACGUUUCCUCAGUGUGACGAGGUUAUAAAACAGGAGCAAUACUUGAUGGCGAAAGAGGAGAGUCAAGAACUACAUGACAAAGUCCACAUGGGAGUUCACACUGAAGAGACCCCUUUGACUUGCCAACAGUGUGGAAAGAGUUUCAGUCGAAAAGACAACCUUAGAAUCCACUUGAAAAGUUUUAAACAGAAAAGAGACCUUAAUGCCCACAUGACAUAUCACACUGGAGAGAAGCCUUACACCUGCAAACUGUGUGGAAAAAGCUUCACGAUGAAAGGAAAUCUUAAGACUCACAUGACAAUUCACACAGGAGAGAAGCUGUUUGUUUGUGAUCAGUGUGGAAAAAGUUUCAGACAUAAAGAAAACCUUAAUCAUCACAUGAGGAUUCACUCUGGAGGAGACUAUUUUAAAUGUCAUCAGUGCGAAAGGAGUUUCUCAGACAGGAAUCACCUUGAGAAUCAUGUAAAAAUUCACACCAUAGAGAAGCCUUACAAAUGCCAUCAGUGUGGAAAGAGUUUCACAAACAAAGCAAACCUUGACAACCAUAUAAGAAUUCACACUGGAGAAAAGCCUUUCACCUGCAUCCAGUGCGGAAAGAGCUUCAGGAUUAAAGGGAACCUUAAGAUCCACAUACGAGUUCACACUGGAGAGAAGCCGCACAAGUGUCUUGAGUGCGAGAAGAGUUUCACACACACUAUUAUAAAGAUGGCGUGUAUUAAAGAGGAGAGUGAAGAUGUGAAGAUUGAAGAAACAUUCAGAGUCAAACAUGAAGAAACUGAGACACAAACAGGCUUGAUGGAGCUGAAAGAGGAGAGUCAAAAACUGAAAGAAAUGGAAGAGAAAGAUCAGAAUGAGAAAUCUUUUUCAGUGGAAAGAUCUUACUCACAGACACAUGAAACAGAAAACAGAAACCUUCAGAUGAGAGUUCACACUGGAGAGAAGCCUUUCACCUGCCAACAGUGUGGAAAGAGUUUCAAUCGAAAACAAACUCUCAAUGCCCACUUGAAAAUCCACACUGGAGAGAAGUCGGCUGUAUGUCCUCAGUGUGGAAAGAGAUUCACAAAGAAAAAAACCCUUCAAGUCCACAUGAGAGUUCACACUGGAGAGAGCUCUUUGACCUGCCAACAGUGUGGAAAGAGUUUCAAUCGAAAAGACGGCCUUAAAGUCCACUUGAACAUCCACACUGGAGAGAAGCCGUUCAUAUGCCCUCAGUGUGGAAAGAGAUUCACACAGAAAAAAAACCUUAUAGUCCAUUUAGACAUCCACACUGGAAAGAAGCCGUUCAUAUGCACUCAGUGUGGAAAGAGAUUCACACAGAAAAAAAACCAUGAUGCCCACUUGAGAGUUCACACUGGAGAGAAGCCUUACACCUGCCAACAGUGUGGGAAGAGCUUCUCACUACAAGGAAACCUUAAGAUUCACAUGAGAAUUCACACAGGAGAGAAGCCAUUCACAUGCUCUCAGUGUGGGAAGAGUUUUAAACAAAAAAAAGAACUUGAUGUCCACAUAAUAAAUCACACUGGAGAGAGGCCAUACACUUGCAAACUGUGUGGAAAGAGCUUAAAAGAUAAAUCAUACCUCAAUCAUCACAUGAGAAUUCACACUGGAGAAAAGCCUUUCACCUGUCCUCAGUGUGGAAGGAGCUUCACAGUUAAAGGAAGUCUUAAGAUGCACAUAAGGGUUCACACUGGAGAGAAGCCGUACAAGUGUCUGCAGUGUGAGAAGAGUUUCUCGUAUCACUCAAACCUGAAACGGCAUUUGGAAACUCAUUCUGGAAAGAAACUGCCCUUUUCCUCAGUGUGACGAGGUUGAGAAAGAGUAGCAAUUUCAGCAAUCAUCUGUGCAUUCACUCUGGAGAAAGACAAUUCCAUAGUUAUUAGUGUAAUAAAAACGUCACACUUACAAAUACAUAUACAGCAAAACUUCAAAUAAUAGCUGAGUCCCAAAUAGACGCCUGUCUCUUUUACACGCCUGGUGUGGAUAAAUAAAGGCCAGUCUCAAAUA